CCUCCACAACAACACUUUCUUUUUCUCUCUCUACACUCUCUAACACAACAACAUCAUCAUCACCACUCUCCUGUCCUGUCCCCCUAACACAACAUCAUCAUCGUACGUACCCUUUAUCUUUUCUUAAAAAACAAUGGAGGGCUGUAAAAAUGAAACGAGGAAACGAGUUCGCGAUGACUCGGAUGAUGCCGACUCGAACGAGUCCAAGCGAGUUAUCCGAGGCAACUCAGUUUCUGAUGUUAACUCGUCCGAGUCAUUUGUUGACUCAGAUGGGUCUGAGUCUGGAAUCGUCCGGGUUGAGUCUGAAACUGACUCGUAUGAGGUUAAUGAUAUGACUGAUGAGAUUCUGAACAUACUUGAUGAAACAGAUAAUGUUCCGGAGCGUGAAACCACCGUCACCGCCGUUCAAGGGCUCGACUCUGUCAUAAAGAGCUUCGAAGACGAAAUAUUUGCCCCGGGUCAUGAUAACCAAGCACCCGAGUCCAGUGAGUUCAACCCGAAUCUUGGGUAUUUACUUGAAGCCUCAGACGAUGAACUUGGCUUGCCACCUACUUUGGUGCAAACCGAGGAGAAUGUUUUACCGGAGAUAAAUGAUUCGGGUCGGGUUGGCCCGGAUGGAGUUGAUUUGAGCGGGUUUUAUUGGUUUGAAGAGGAGUUUCGGAACAAUGAAGGGUUUGGGUUGAUGGGUUAUGAUACAACCGUUGGUGAUGAGAACGACGGUGGCUAUGUUACGAUUGAUGGACUGUUUGAUUAUGGUGAACCGUCUGAUUUUUUGUGGCGGUCGGAGUCGUUGCGGGCUAUGUAGGAUUUUCCGGCGCGGCGAGAUUUAAUGUCUUCGCCGGAAUUUAUGGUUAAUGGUUUGUUUUAGAAAGGACAUAUGACGUAGGAGGGUAGAUGUGAAAAAUUAGAAUUAUGAAAUUUGUUGAAUAGGCCCCUGACUUGUUCGAUAAUUAUUUUUUGUUCUAAAAUUGUUUAUGAUGUGAAUGUGACUCUAGACAUGUUCGUUUU